UGUUAUAUGUAACAUCUUGAUAAUAAAAAGUAUAUUACUAUGUACAUUAACACAUUCAUUUUAAUUUUUGAACAGUACUCGGGGGAGGCAAAAUGGCUCCGAUAUUAUUAUUAUUUUUCAUCAUAAACGUGUUUAUAAUGCAGGCAUUCUCAUCCCAAGUACAGCCAACCUUCAAACAAUACUUAAUAACAACACCUCAGCCACAGAUGUCGACAGUACAAACAGUAAUGCCAACAUCAACAAAGCCAUCCACCAGCUUAUCAACAUUAGCAUCGUUGGCCAGUCUCCUAACUUCGGGAGGAUCCAAUCUUCCACAUUUACUAGCUACAGCUCCCCCCAAACAAGUAGCACCAACAGUAGUCACAACACCAGAAAAACCUGCCACUAAUAGUGUAGAUAUGGAUUUGCUGAACAAUCUGGCUAUAGCGUUACAAUUGAUGAUCGUUAACAACAUUUUAGCGUCGCCCACAUCUGAAACAGCUGCAGCUCCAACGCCGACAAAUACAGAAGCUAAAACGACUACACCAUUAUUUGAAUCGCUUGAGAAUUUAUCAUUUGCGCCAAUACAGAACGAUUUACCACAAUUCGCUAAUCAGUAUCAGAAUUAUCAACCCAACCUUUACGAACAGCAUAAUCAGAUGCCCAAUUCGAAUUUUGUUGGUUCGUCCGGCUUUGGGGAUUCUAAUCCGUUUAUGGGAACCGUGCCACCGCCUUCGCCAAGUCGGUCGGGACUAACUUUGAUGUCUCCAUACGAAGCCUUAUCGCCGAAUUCUCCGUACUUAGAUCCAAUAUUAUCAUCUCCUUACGGAUCAGUGAUGUCUUCAAAGAAAGAUUUCCAAUCACCAUAUUCAUCUAUCUUGGGUUCAGACAAGGACUAUUUUUCAAUGAGCUCUUUCAAUGAUUUGUUUUAAAAAUGUUUAUCUUGAUGAUGUUGUUUUUUUUGUUGACAAAAACUUUGUAAAUA